AUGAAUGAUGAUUACUCGCGACAAGUCAAGAACCCAGAAGGAUUAGCAUCCCCACCGAGCCGGGGCCACUUGAUGCCCUGUGAGGAGGUUGGCCCGAUCACUGGGCAAGCCAUGAUGGGAGGAGACACAUACACACAGUGGGAGGACGUGGUGGUGAGAGUAAACAUCUCACCUUCUUCAUCCCACUGCCGUGCCUGGCAGCAUCUCUUGCUUCUCCUCCCCACAGGAUCAGGGAUGAUCGUCUAG